UGCUGGUCCUCUGCAAUUCGCCGGGGCCUAGGCGUUGUCAAUGCUGCGCCAUGCUGGCCGUACUUCUACCGUUUGCUCCAGGAGGUUUACGUCCCGCAACCGCGUCUAUGACGACUUAGCAACAGUCGGCGCGCCAUGGUGCUUGAAACCACAUCGCUACCAGAUCCCUCCCUCGACGCCAGGACUGCCGUUCUGCUCCCACCUUCACCACGAUGCCCGGCGAAGAAGAGAAGGCGACGGCCCGAUACCGGCUGUGCCCCGCCCGGUGGGCCUUGCGGGUGGCGAUGGAAAGAGGUCGGCGCUCGGGAGGGGCGCUAUGGCGGCGAUAGCGCGUGCGCAGCAGAUGGCAUUGAGCUCGGACGAAGGAGCUGGCGGGUUGGGAUCGAAGAGCAAGGCGGAACAGGCCCAGGCGGGCAUGGACGCGGAAACCCGGAGGUCGAUUGGGGAAGGGGACAAGAAGUCCAAGAAAAGCAUGAAGACUGUCAAGCUUGCCCUAGCUGGAAACCUUGUCAUUACUCUGGGCAAGUUUCUGGCGUACAUGCACAGCGGCUCUAGUGCCAUGAGCUCGGAGGCGAUGCACUCCCUGGUCGAUUCGGCGAAUCAGCUUUUGCUGGUGGUGGGACUCAGGAGCGCGUCCACUGCUCCCGAUAAACGGCACCAGUAUGGAUACGGGAAGUCGGUGUACUUUUGGGCUCUGGUGUCAGCGCUGGGAACCUUCUGGCUGGGUGCGGGUGUGUCUAUGAGACAUAGCAUCGAGGAGCUAAUCAACCCCACGGUUGCUUUAGACAAGGUGGGAAUGGAGGUAUGGUCCGUGCUGGGUCUCAGCCUGCUCGUCGACGGGUUUGUACUGGUGAAGACGUUCGAGGGCAUCUGGCAGUCCAAACCCAAGAACCUCAGCUUGAAAAAACACUUGACGAAUCUCCGAGACCCUACGACGUUGGCAGUCCUGCUGGAAGACGGUGCGGCGUGCGUUGGCGUCCUCAUGGCCAUGAGUGGCAUCGGAUUGAGCCAGUACUACCAAGCCCCGGUUUUCGACAGCUUGGCCGGCGUUAGCAUUGCGGGGCUGCUGGGAGUGAUGGGGUUGGUGCUGACUGAGGUGAACCGGCGAUUCCUCAUCGGGCAGUCUGUCGAUUCUGAAACGACCGAGGGCAUCAAGGCCAUCCUCAUGAGCAGAGGCUCAAUCGAGCAGCUGCACCAGGCAAGGUGCAAUCACAGUGGGUGGGGACGCACACUUUUGCCUUCAAGGCCGAGGUCGACUUCGAUGGCACCUUCCUUGCUGCUAAGCUCAAGCUCAAUACAAGGCACGUAUGGCCAGGAGUUCAGGCAGCUGCUGGCGCGGCCUCCGGACGACAAGGGCAAGUACAAGGACCACGAGACGCUGCUCUCCUUCUACACGGAAGACGUCAUGCGAGCGGCAGAGCGAGAGGUUCGCGAGGCUGAGACGGAGAUUAGAAAAAAGUAUCCGGAGGCGGCGUACAUCGAGCUAGAGCCAGAUAGCAGCACCCACAACAUGUUCGCGCUGGAGCAGUUUCAGACUCCUGCCCUUCGCAAGGUGGAGGAGACGACGCUAAACCAAAUGCACGCGAAUCUGGUUAUCGCCAAGAAAGCCGCCGCGGCCGUUGCCGCCGCCCAGGCCAAAGCACGAAAAGAGGAGGCCAAGCGCAAAAGCAAGAGCAACAGCGUCGAUAAUAAGGCGGUGCCUCAAGCGAAGAGCCCAAACCCUGCAGGCGCCGAGGAGAUGUGGGAAGGGGAGCGCGGGGGGGGGACGGGGGAUGCAAGAGGGACCGGAGGGGAUGACCAACGAGGGUCGGGGUAGCUAUCUAGCGAGAGGAAAGUCAUAGGAUUGAAUCUCAAUUUGAAAAUUCAGCAACUUGCCUGGUUUUUUUCAUGUGGAUUCGUUCUCGUUGUAUGCAUACCUUUGAGUUCUUCACUGUUUGGAUGAUGUUGUCGCGCUUAGAAGGUUCUGGAGCGGUAUGUUAGUCUAUAGUAGAAGGUAGAACCGUGGUUAGAUGGACACGAAAGCGUGGAACGGUUUUUCUUUUGGCCCAGUUAGUUUUUUGGGCCGUGUUGAUUUAUUUCGGUGGGACGUUAGAAAUCGCAAGACUUUGCUCGAAGGCGUGAACGUCAUAUUUGUUGUUUUUUUGCGUUGUCGUCGAAACAAGAUUGGCUUGAUGGGCACGAAUGACGGGACUUGCCAUGCAUCGUGAGGGGUGAGAGGGUGCUGUUUUCGUUGGCUGAUCGUGCGAGGCCCGGUAGGGUCCAGCAGCGAAACGUGACAUUAUGGAGCGCCACGUCACUCUGACGCACUUUCUCGGGCUAUCGGGCCACAGGCAACCCUGAUGCACGCGUUAGACCGCUCCGUGUGCGGCGUUUGUAUUUGUUGAGCCCACGCGGCGCAAUGUUAGGAGAAGCCAGGAAUCGAUGCAUGCCUUAUUACAGCAGUACAGGAGAGUUCGCGACCAACUGCUGGAUUUUCAUACCCCCCGUGAACUUAUAC